CUAAAAUCAUCACCAUCCUCAACAUUACAAGAAGACACACACACACACACACCUCUUUCUUUCCUCGCCUUGAUCAGUGUGAUCACCAGUUAUUUUCAAGGAGAAGAAAGAAAGAAAGAGAAAAAAAAAAUAUGGGAAUCCUUAUUGAAGAAACCUUAAGCUCCAACACCAAAACCCAAAUUGUUAUUGAUGAUGAUAAUGAGUUGGGCUUGAUGGCUGUGAGACUAGCCAAUGCCGCAGCCUUUCCGAUGGUUCUCAAAGCUGCUCUCGAGCUCGGUGUCUUUGACACUCUUUACGCAAAUGCCGCUUGCACCGACUCCUUCCUCUCACCAUCUGAGAUAGCGAGUAGGCUACCAACUACACCACGUAACCCUGAGGCCCCAGCUUUGUUGGAUCGGAUGCUUCGUCUACUCGCUAGCUACUCCAUGAUAAAAUGCGGUAAGGUCUCAUCCGAGAAGGGGGAGAGAGUCUAUAGAGCCGAGCCAAUUUGCAGAUUUUUCUUGAAAGAUAACAUUCAAGAUAUUGGAUCCCUUGCGUCUCAAGUCAUUGUGAAUUUCGACAGUGUCUUCCUCAAUACCUGGGCACAACUAAAAGAUGUGGUGCUAGAAGGAGGAGAUGCAUUUGGUCGUGCACAUGGUGGCAUGAAACUCUUCGACUAUAUGGGUACAGAUGAAAGAUUCAGUAAACUCUUUAACCAGACUGGAUUCACCAUCGCUGUCGUGAAGAAGGCUCUUGAAGUUUACCAAGGCUUCAAAGAUGUGAAUGUGUUAGUUGAUGUUGGAGGUGGAGUUGGCAACACCCUCGGUGUUGUUACUUCAAAGUAUCCCAAUAUUAAGGGUGUCAACUUUGAUCUGACUUGUGCCUUGGCACAAGCACCUUCUUACCCUGGGGUGGAACAUGUGGCCGGAAAUAUGUUCGUGGAUGUUCCUAAAGGAGAUGCCAUGAUCUUGAAACGUAUACUUCAUGAUUGGACCGACGAAGAUUGCGUGAAAAUUCUUAAAAACUGCUGGAAAUCACUUCCGGAGAAUGGGAAAGUUGUUGUCAUAGAACUCGUGACUCCUGAUGACGCUGAGAAUGGAGAUAUUAAUGCGAACAUUGCCUUUGAUAUGGAUAUGUUGAUGUUCACUCAAUGUUCCGGCGGAAAAGAGAGAUCGCGAGCUGAGUUUGAAGCGUUAGCCAUGCAGUCAGGCUUUACCCGUUGCAAGUUCAUCUGUCAAGCUUACCAUUGCUGGAUUAUUGAGUUUUGCAAAUAAAAUAUUUAAUACUUUAUGCUAAAUCUUCAACAAUUUGUUUAUGUUAUCUUUGUUUCAGUUCCUUGCAUGUUUGAGUGGGACUUUGUCCUCGUCUCCAAAGCAAUUAAAUUAAUAGAAAACAUUUUCAUGCA